AUGUAUGACAAAAGGGUGAACGAAGAUAUAAGAUACAAGGAGUUUGAAAUGAUGGUUAAAUCAUCAAUUGAAGAUCUUUCAAAUGAUCCUCAGCUAAAAAAUGUUGAUUUGAUUUUCUUCCCUAUUGUUGAUGGGAAUUACUACCUGAUAUGUUUUUCAAUUUUGAUAAUUGAUCAAAGGAGAUUGGUGGGAAUAGUUAAGUCCGUCUAUGGGAACAGACCCCGCGUGCUGAAAAGGUUUUUAUGUCGUUUUCUAAAUAACGUCUGUAAGAAGAAGGUGAAGACUCUAAUGACAAGGAAUGUGGUGGUGUUGAAAAUGAAGUGUCAAUUAUACAACCAUUCAAAUGAUGGUGGAAUUUACCUUAUGCGACACAUGGAGAGUUUUAUGGGGGAUCAAACAUCAAAGUAG